GCUAGGUUUCGAUUGAGAAUAGCAACUGAUACAGGCAUAGACUAUCAUAGAUAUCUAUGAUUUCCGAAUAGAACUGCCGUCAAGGCUUGGCUGCAAAUGGACAAGCGCCAAGCAGAUGGAAAUGGGGAUGGAAGCGCACCUGCUCCAAAGCGUGGAAGGUGGGAUUCAGGCCCUGCUGCUGCUGGAGCCCCAGUUGCAGCCGCAGCCCCUGCUCCCGCUCAAAACCCAGGCGCCGCAGCAGCAUUAGCUGCAGCCGUGGCAGCCAAGUAUGCCCAGCCACCAUCUGCACGGCCGGCGGGGUUGGUCGCCAUGCCGGCUCCAGGAGCUGCUGCUGCUGCCGCCGCGCACUUGUCUCCUGGCGCUGCGGCAGCUGUUGCGCAGGCAGCGGCCGCUGCACUUCAAAAACUGCCCGUCGCAGCAGCAGGAGCAGCAUCUGCUGGUGCCAUGGCUCCCGGAGCUACCCCAGCUGCUCGCCCAGCUUCGCUUAGCUUGGAUGCGCUCGAGAAGGCGAAGAAGGCGCUGCAGCUGCAAAAGGAGAUUCAGGAAAAGCUCAAGUCGCGGUUGCCACAGCUCGCCGCCAAGCUGCCUCCACCCGCCUCCGUGCCGCCCUCCGCUGCUGCUGCCGCUACUCCCGCAGCCGCAACCCCAGCGACAGCAGCAGCUGCCGUACCCUCUGCCGUAAGCCCGGCAGCAGCAGCCGGUGCCGGGGUGGUGCCUAUGAGACCCGCGGGCGUGACGCUAGCGGUGCGGCCGCCCCUCCCUGCAGCUGCCCUGGCUGCUGCGGGCCGCUUGCCGGGCGGCGUGACACCCGCGCCGGGGCUGAUGAGCGUGCAGGCUGCCGGCAUCGCCUCCCUCCUGCCUCCGGCGGUUCCGGAGCCGCAGCCCGAGGACGAGCGCUUCCACGACCCGCUGCUGGAGCGCGGGGCGGCUGCCCGGCGGGGCGAGCGGCGGCGGCGUGCGGGUUUCGAUUUCGUGCAGGAGGGGCGCUACCAGCGGGAGGCGGAGCUGUUCAGGCUCAAGUCGCAUCUGGGUUCCGCCGCCUACCGUCGCGGCGCCCCACGGGUCAGCGGGCCCCUGGGCGGCCCCAGUCGCAUUCCCCUGGGAGGUACGGCAGCAGGUACGGCAGCGGCGGCGAUGACGAUGGACGCCAACAUGGUGCCGCUGGGGACGAGGCAGCCGGUGGCCAAGGGAGGAGCGUCACGGGAGGGCACACCGGGGCCGGAGGCGGAGCCCCCGGUACCCGCGGUGGAGUGGUGGGACCGCGGCCUGCUAGCACACGCCUCCCUGGAGCAAGACGUGCCGGAGCUGCCAGCGGAGGUGCUGCAAGCGCUGUCGUACAGCGUCACUGCUCCUGCCGUACGGCGGCGCGGUGCCUCUGCUAACGGCGGCGCUAGCGGUGGUGAUGUGGACAUGGCAGUUGACGGCGUGGAGGGAAACACGAGUGGUGAUGUUGAGGAGAUGGCUGUGGACGGUGAGGAUGGUGAGAAAGAGGAGGAGGAGGAGGAGGAGAAGAAGGGAGGCCUGACGGCGGCGGCGGCAGCGGAGGUGGUGGCGGCGGAGAGGGCGGCGGCGGUGGCAGUACGGCAGGCGGCUGUGUCGGCGGCGGCGGGCCAGCUGGGGCCCUUCCAGCUGAAGGAGGCCCGGCUCACGAUCUACGUGGAGCACCCCGUGCCGCUGGAGCCCCCCGCGGAGGCGCCCCCGCCCGCCCCGCAGCCGCUCAAGCUGACGGCCAAGGAGCUCAAGAAGCUGCGAACGCAGCGGCGGUUGGCGCGGGACAAGGAGAAACAGGAGCUGAUACGACAGGGUCUGCUUGAGCCGCCCAAGCCCAAAGUGCGCAUCGCCAACCUGCACCGCGUGCUGGGCACGGACGCCUCCCUGGACCCCACGGCGGUGGAGAAGGAGGUCCGCAAGCAGAUGGCGGAGAGGCAGGCCGCCCACGACGACCGCAACCUGGCUCGCAUGCUCACCCCCGCGGAACGUCGCGACAAGAAGCUGCGCAAGCUGUUCGGGUCCGCGGCCGUGGAGGCCGGGGUGGCGGAGGUGGGAGCAGCCGGCAAGGCGGGCCGGGCGGCUGCUGCUGCUGCGGCUGCCAACGCGGCUGCUGCGGCUGCUGCGGGUGUGGAUGUGGUGUGCAGCGUGUACCGCGUGGGGCGCAUGACGGACCCGCAGCACCGCUUCAAGGUGGACGCCAACGCGCGGGAGAACCACAUGACGGGCAUGGUGGUGAUCAGCGACGACUUCUGUGUGGUGGUGGUGGAGGGCGUGGAGAAGGCCACACGCAGGUACAUGAAGCUGAUGAUGCGGCGUAUCGACUGGUCCUCCGCACCCGCUGUUGCUGCUGGAGCCGCUGGGGCCGGUCGCGGGGGUGGCGGCAUGGGCGACGACGAGGACGCGGAGGAGGAGGAGGAGGAGGAGCGCCCGCCGCCCAACAUAUGCACGCUGGUGUGGCAGGGCACUGUGCUGCGCCGCGCCUUCCCCAACUUCCGCUGCGAGACAGUGCGCUCCACCGCCGCGGGCCGACAGCUGCUGGAGGACGCCGGGGUGGGGCACUACUGGGACGCGGCGGCAGCGGCCACCGAGGGAGAGAGCGUGCCGUACACACUAUAGAUAGCGUGGUGGACUGGUGGUAAUGCUGCCGGGAUGUUGUGGGGGGUGCUGUACGGAG